AUGUCAUCUGGUUUUAACUCCAGCAGGGAACGAGCCUUUUGGAUGGGGUCGGAUAGGCCUGAGCUCCAGGACGGAACUGGGAAGCUCAGGGAGCUCCACUUCCAGGAUCCAGAGCUUCCGUAUUCAGGACGCCCAGGUGUUCGUGCUAAACAUCGGUUACCCACCGGCCGCCUUCCGCUUUUCCAGCUGGUCGGACCUUCAGAACCUGAUUCCAUCGCCAUUUUUCUUCCACUGCUUCUUUUUGGAAUGGCACAAGUCGAAUAUGACAUCCGGACGAUCCCAGAGACAGCGGCACCGCGGUCAUUAUGUUUACGGUUCGCCGACAAGUGGACCACCCCCGUAGCCAAAGUCGCCAAGGCAGUUGCGCUCUUCUAUCUGUUCGUUAGGGCAUUUUUCUUGUUCUUCGGGGCGAGUUGGUGGUCGUGGGCCACGUUCUACUUCGAAUGCGUUGUUGCGUUUGAAACCCACCGGAAUCAAGCUAUCGUUAUCGCCGCUCACAACUACGGAGAUCCCAAUACCGGACAGCACCGCGAACGCCUCCGACUGUUGCAUAGCCGAGACCAGGGGACUGAUUUGCCCUUGGUUGAUAUUCUGAUCACUUGCUGCGGGGAAAGAGCGGAAGUCAUCCUCGAUACUUACCAUAGCCGUAUCCAGUCAACUGCAGGCCAACAUGUCUUUAGCAAGGCCGGGAAUCUGAACUAUGCCUUGUUCGACAUUCAAGGACCGAUGAAGCAGCCCCCCGAAUUCAUCACCGUCCUUGAUGCCGACUUCAUUCCGGCGCCCCAUUUCCUCCGAGCCACUCUACCGCAUCUCCUCCGCCAUCCCCAGCUCGCCAUUGUCGGAGCCUGUCAGGACUUUUACAAUCUUCCCCUCGACGACCCAUUGGACCAAUCCUUGGACGACUGGCAGCGACGGCUCGUCCCCCAGCUCAACCAAUUUGGUGCUUGCUUCCACGGGCACUCCGGGGCCGUCAUCCGGCGAAGCAUCCUGAUGGAGCAAGGGGGCUUCCCGACCAUAUCCUUCAGCGAAGAUGUCCUGAUCUCCAACAUACUCCUUGGUUCGGGCUUUCAAAUCAUCUCGCUCCCCGAGAUGCUGCAAUUGGGCCGCAGCCCGGAGUCGCUACAAGGCCAUAUCGCGCAGCGCACUCGGUGGGGAGUUGGCUUGAUACAGCUGAUGCUCUGUUUAAAAAACACGCCCCAGAAUCCCGUCCCAGCUAAUCUUCGGUGGGGGAUUGCGUACCAGAGCGCCGUGAUUUUGUUCGUCCUGGUCAAUCGGACAGCGAUGCAAAUCUUUGUUCCGCUCGCCUUGUUCAGCGGUCAGCCGCUGGUCCCGGCGUCGUCCCCGUUGCAGUUCAAGGGGCAGGGGAUCCUGGCACUCAUGUUUGUUGCAUCGGGUUGGCUUUUUGACUGGCUGUUCACUGCCAAGUCUGGGUUCCACGGAUUUGUCUUCGGAGACCAAAGGGAGAUUUGGUUAUCUUGGAGGUACUUGGUGGUUCUUUUCAAGUAUUUGUUCGACAAACCAAGAUCCAGUGGAUCAGCCGUGACCGGCAGCACACUCAAUCCAUGGAAUCAUAACGACACCGGCGACCGCUUUGCGGGGUUGAAGAGGGACCUCUGGGAUGCAGGAGUCAUGGUGAACGUGCUGAGCUUUUUCGCAAGCGACACGGGGGGCAUCCUGGUAGGCCUAGCGUGGCCCCCUAUCUUGCAUAUGUGCUAUCUGAUCAUCUCUUCUAAUUGGAUCCCGCUCGCCUGCACCUUCUCACCACCUGUAUGGGAGAACCCAAUGACAGCGGCCAUGAAGCCUGGCGACAUGGAUUCGCGGGCUAUGUUCUCCCAGACGGACCUGCAGCGGACCCUCCGUCCAGCUGGGACGCGGCCGCCUCUGGGUCGAGCGAACCACUACGCUCUGUUGCCGGUUAUCUUGGUUGGCCUUGGCUUAGCUGUGCUCUCUUACUGCUUUGGGGAUUGA